AUGUCCGACGAGAAAAUCGAGCUCCCUCGUAUUGCCGAGAUCGAAGCAUCAACCGAUAUUCUCAGCGACCCCUGCAGAUCCAUCAAAGUGGUCCGAGUAAAAGAGCGCUUCGCAGUCAAACUCGGCUUCUCCAUCUCACCGCAAGAGGCAGAAAACAUGAGAUUCGUUGCUGCCAACAGCAAAGUCCGCGUCCCAAGAGUCUACGAUGAUUUUGUAGAUCCAGAGACCCAGAAACGGUACAACAUUAUGGAAUAUAUCCCCGGUACCGAUUUGCAGAAGUUAACGCCAUCUCUUUCUGAAGACCAGAAGAAGAAAGUCAGCAAGCGUAUCAGGGAGGCACUUGAUGAACUGCGACGUAUUCCUUCCCAGGGGUACCUUGGGAACUUGAACCGAACAGCUUACUACGAGGGCAUUCUCUCUACCCCCCUUGAUCGUGAUCCGAGCAUAUCUGGUCCUUUUGACAACGAGGAACAGUUCAACCAGGGUAUCUUGAAAUGUCUAGGGAGGAGGGAGUCGCGGCAUUAUGUCCGCUUGCUUGAUGGAGCGAUACAACGUACACUCAAAGGACACAGGAUUGUCUUCACCCUUGCGGAUCUUCAGCCGAAGAACAUCAUGGUUGAGGAACAGAAAGGAGUGUGUGAAGAUGAGAGUCCGGAUUAUUAG